AUGACUAGCGGGGAUCAGGUCGCCUUCAAGCAGGCAGAACGAACAAAAACGGAUGAUGCUAGUAAAGCGGAUCAGUGUUUGUACACCAAGAUCGUUAGUGGACUUAGAGUCUAUCUGCUCGUCAAUGUCGACGACAUAUUGGUCGCCUGCCAAGAAUCUUCGGAGAUCGACCGAGUGACCAAAGCAUUGAGUGCAAAGUUCGACAUUACCGAUUUAGGAGAGCCAAGCUUCUUUUUAGGUUUGGAAAUUCAGCGACAGAACGGGAAAUACAGCAUAUGUCUGGAGAGCUACAUCGACAAAAUCACUGCAAGAUUCGGACAACAGAACGCCAAGACUACCAACUGUCCGAUGGAUACUGGGUACACUUCAUCGAUUGAUACCAGCUCACCGUUCCCGGAUAACACGGCUUACCGUAGUCUAGUUGGUGCCCUGCUUUACGUCAGUGUUAGCGCUCGUCCCGAUAUCGCCGUGAGUGCAUCCAUCCUUGGUCGGAAGGUGUGCGCUCCAACCGAAAACGAUUGGGUUGCUGCGAAGAGAGUGCUUCGUUAUCUAAAAUCAACAAAAGGGGCUAAGCUGCAAUACACGAACAACCAGGGACUUUACGGAUUUUCAGAUGCUGAUUGGGCUGGCGAUAGUAGCACUCGUCGGUCCACAACAGGCUACGCUUUCCUCUAUUCAGGGGGAGCAAUCUCCUGGGGCAGCAGGAUCCAGCACAAUGUCACGCUUAGCUCUAUGGAGUCCGAGUACGUUGUUGGUAAAUUUCCAGUAUCGGUGCGCUGA